GUGUGUGCUUGGCUCUCUCCAUCCCUCGCACACUUGUCUCUGUACAUCCAGUUCACUGUUAUUAUUAUGUGAUCCCCCCCCAUCCGACAGCCCCUCCUUCCCUCUCCUCCUUCCUCCGCUCUCUCAAUCUCUUCCCUCAGACAGCACAGAGCGAGCACCGGGGAAGGCUGGGCUCCCAGCAAAGCCAUGAAUCAAUGAAUGAGUGGCAGCUGAUUCCUGGGCUCCCCCCCUCCAUGCAUAUUCCUUUCUUUAUGGCAAGAGCCCACCGUCUCCCAUCGCACUCGCAUACACGGGGGCCAGGGGGUCUGUUGUUCUGGACCAGGAGGAGAGAAGGUUCUACAGGAGUCAUCUUUGCUUGGUAGCAGCGAGGAGCCGUGCAAGGAGAUGGACCACUUUGGUAUCUAUGGAGAUGUUCUGGGUGCUCUCACCAUCUAAGAGCUUGGCAUAUCCCUGCUGGUAACAUGUGAGCGUUGGGUGAUGUGACUGGAACAAAAACAUGCAAAGGAAUCGGCGUCUGGGAGGUGGUCUCUGAAUGCCUGUAGUGUAAUGGACCACUCCCUGACCUGAGAUUGGGGAUUGAGUAAAAAAAAAAAAGGCAGAGGACAGGGGCCGGCUGUGUGUUGUGUUGGCCAUUCCUUGCUAUGGUCCUCACAGGGAUUGUGCUCCUUCACCUGAUGGAUACGUAAUUGCAGACCAUGGCACCGGGGUUCCCCAGGCUUGCCCAAAGCUCACCUGUCAGGACCAGUCACCAUGGGGCUGAAGAGCAGACACUCGGCCGGGCAAGAGGAGAAGAAAGCUGCUCACGUUGGGGAUGGGGAACAAACCUCUCUUGGGGCAGGAGUGGAUAAGGAUGGGACCUUGUUGCUGGUGGGACCAGGGAAGGAAGAGGUCAAGCGCAACCCUCAGGGAAUAGGGCUUCUGGCUAAGACCCCUCUGAGCUGUAGCAGACCCGUCAAAAGGAACAACGCCAAGUAUAGGAGGAUCCAAACUUUGAUAUAUGAUGCCUUGGAAAGACCCAGAGGAUGGGCACUGCUUUACCAUGCCUUUGUGUUCCUGAUCGUGUUGGGGUGCCUGAUCCUCGCCAUCCUCACAACCUUCAAAGAGUACGAAGAUGCUUCCGGCGACUGGCUCUUGCUUUUGGAAACGUUUGCCCUGGUGAUUUUCGGAGUGGAAUUUGCCUUAAGGAUCUGGGCCGCCGGCUGCUGCUGCCGCUACAAGGGCUGGAGGGGGAGAUUGAAGUUUGCAAGGAAACCCCUGUGCAUGCUGGAUAUCUUUGUCCUGGUUGCUUCCAUCCCAGUGGUGGCUGUUGGGAAAAAUCAGGGAAAUGUCUUGGCCACGUCGCUGCGCAGCUUGCGCUUUCUUCAGAUUCUCCGGAUGCUUCGGAUGGACAGGAGGGGGGGAACAUGGAAGCUUCUCGGAUCCGCUAUUUGUUCCCAUAGCAAGGAGCUCAUCACUGCCUGGUACAUUGGCUUUCUGACCCUGAUCCUCUCCUCGUUCCUGGUUUAUCUGGUGGAGAAAGACGUUCCAGAACGCAAUGAAAAGGGAGAGUUGGUAGAGGAGGAGUUUGAGACCUAUGCCGAUGCUCUUUGGUGGGGUCUGAUCACUCUUGCAACAAUCGGCUACGGGGAUAAAACGCCCAAGACUUGGGAGGGACGGCUCAUAGCCGCCACAUUCUCAUUGAUCGGGGUUUCAUUCUUUGCUCUCCCUGCGGGAAUUCUGGGUUCUGGGUUGGCUCUCAAGGUUCAGGAGCAACAUCGGCAGAAGCAUUUUGAGAAACGACGGAAGCCGGCGGCAGAACUCAUCCAGUCUGCAUGGAGAUUUUAUGCCACCAACCUCAGUCGGAUUGAUCUGAUCGCCACAUGGAGAUACUAUGAAACCACUGUGCAGUUCCCAUACUUCAGGAAGGAGCAGAUGGAUGGGACCAAUAGUAAAGUCAUGUUUAGUAGGGAACCAUUCAUUGGAUCGAGCUUCAAAAGAACAUUUAGUCAAAAAUGGAGCCUUUUGGAUCGGGUACGGCUUUCCAAUCCCCGUGGUACGAGCCCGAAAGCAAAGACGUUUUCCCCAUUAAACGUCGAAGGGGUUGAAGAGAGUCCUUCCAAAGAGGCAAAGAAUAUCGGACUGAGCAAUAAGGAGCGUUUCAGGACUGCACUGAAAAUGAAAGCCUAUGCUUUUUGGCAGAGUUCUGAAGACGCUGGGGCGGCCGGAGAGCCGAUAGCUGAAUCCGGUUACGGCGCUGAAGCGAUGUUGGAAGAUUUAAUACCAACGAUAAAGGCAGCUAUCCAUGCAUCUAGAAUACUGCAGUUUCUUUUGCAUAAGAAAAGAUUUAAGGAGACCUUACGGCCUUAUGAUGUGAAAGACGUGAUUGAGCAAUACUCAGCUGGGCAUCUGGAUAUGCUGUCAAGGAUUAAGUACCUCCAGACGAGAAUAGAUAUGGUCUUUGCUCCUGGUCCCCUCUCAACCCCAAAGCAUAAGAAGUCUCAGAAAGGAACUGGAGGGCUCGGUGGAGGAUUCGGCUACUCGUCACAACAGUCUCCAAGACAUGACCCAUAUUCAGUGAAAGUUCCAGAAAUCGAAGACCAAAGCAUGAUGGGAAAGUUUGUGAAAGUAGAAAGACAGGUACAAGAUAUGGAAAAGAAGCUGGAUUUCCUUGUUGACAUGCACAUGCAACACAUGGAUCAGCUGCAAGUUCAUAUCACGGAAUAUUAUCCCCUUAGAGAAACACUCGCUGAAGACGAGGGCGUGGACAGCAGAUAUUCUGAAGUUGAGGGGUUAAUUUAUAACUAUACCGAAUCUUGCGCCCAUACAAGCCCCUACCACCAUUUGCACCAAGUUUCUUUCAACAAGACGAACCAGUAUGGUUUCUUUGAAAACUACCCAAGGAAUUUUUCUGCACCGUUGCCUUUUAAUGGUGAAAACUGUCCACGGGUGGCUACACCCCCUUCAUCUUCUUACACAGAAAGGCCGACAGUUUUGCCUAUCCAGACUUUAAUAGACACGCGGGUUGAAUUCCAAGACAGCGGAGGCGCCUCAAACCCAUAUUUGAAAGAGGCUUCUCCAACGCAAAGGAGAAGUUUCCGAGACAGCGACACUCCGUUGUCCCUUCUUUCGGUCAACCACGAUGAACUUCAGAGAUCUCCUAGUGGCUUUAGUAUUUCUCAAGAAAAAGAGGAUUUCAGUUUUGGGAACAAUGGUUCCAACUGGAUGAGAGAGAAACGUUUCUUGGCAGAAGGAGAAACGGAUACCGAUACAGACCCUUUUACUCCCAGCGGUCCCAUCACGUUGUCUUCUACUGGGGAUGGAAUUUCAGAGUCAGCGUGGACUCCUUCUAAACCUGUUUAGAUUGGAGGAGUCUCUGGAUCAUUUUUUUUUCUUACAAUGUACUUACUCUUUGUAUAUGUCACUCUACAUUUUUUCCAAAGCUCAGUAGGUCCAGCCCCAACGGCUACUACAUAAGAUGCAUGUUUAAAAGUAAUAGUCAUUACACCGCCUCUGAUACUUUUAAGUUCUAGUUCAUACCGCUAAAGUUCGAAGCAUGAUCUGCAUGCGGAAAUGUACACGAUAUAGAUGUUGCAGAUAUACAUAUUUUCUUUAUGAUUGAUACGGCACAUAAUGUGGAUCUAUGCAGAAAGACUUGUUUGUCAGUUUUUUAUAAACAUGGAUUUUUUUAAGGAAA